AUGGACCCCGACACGCCUCCUCCACCCUCACAGCCCUCCGCAUUCAAUUACAUCCUCUCCUUCCUUCUCGUCGGUAUCGCAUGGGGAUUCACGACGCCAUUCAUCCGUCGUGCUGCGGUCGAUUUCAAUGCGCGACAGGCCGCGAAGCAAGCAACCACCACCGCCACCUCUGAUUCAGAUCCAACGGCAACAGGAGAAGGAGCAGGAGCAGCAGCAGCAGCAGCAGCAGAAACAGAACCAACUCCCCCACCAACAACAACUCGAACAGCAUGGCUAAAACACAAACUGGUCACUCUAUUCUGGACGGUGGUGAACCUCCUCCGUACUCCAGCUUACGCAAUUCCGCUUAUCGUGAACUUGACCGGGAGUAUUUGGUUUUUCCUUCUAGUCGGCAAGCAUGAACUCUCCCUCACAGUCCCGAUAACGAACUCCAUGGCGUUCCUCUUCACGGUUCUGGGCGAAUGGUACGUUGAGCGGAAAGUGAUUGAGCGCGAGACGUGGAUAGGGAUGUUUUUGGUUCUAGGUGGGAUUGCGCUGUGCGUGCAUUCGAAGGGUUGA